AUGGCCGCACCAACCUCUGCGACGGCCGCGUUCGACAGCGUCGCCACCUCGCAGCUCACCUUCUGGCUCAACGGGACCAAGGUCGUCCUCGACGCGUCCCAGAUCGACCCCGACACGACCCUCCUCGCCUUCCUGCGCUCUCAGCCGGGCCUCACCGGCACCAAGCAGGGCUGCAACGAGGGCGGCUGCGGCGCAUGCACCGUCGUCCUCCAGAGCAUCCACCCGCGCACGAACGAGGUGCAGCACCUCGCCAUCAACGCGUGCCUCGCGCCCCUCGUCUGCCUCGAGGGCAAGCACUGCAUCACGGUCGAGGGCAUCGGCAACUCGGACAACCCGCACCCGCUCCAGGAGCGCAUGUUCAAGCUCCACGGCUCGCAGUGCGGCUUCUGCACCCCGGGCAUCGUCAUGAGCGUGUACGCGCUCCUGCGCACGGCGGCGUACCGCGGCUCGCUCGACGUGUCGGACGUCGAGCUCAACGGCGCCCUCGACGGCAACCUGUGCCGCUGCACGGGCUACGCCCCGAUCUUUGCCGCCCAGGACACGUUCGCGUCGACGGUCGUUCAGCCCGAGACCAAGAAGAAGGGCUGCGGCCGCCACGACUGCUGCCAGCUCGGCGGCGGCAAGUUCGAGGCGUCGGCGCCGACCGUGUCGUUCCCGCAGUUCGAGUUCAAGCCGUACAAGCCGUCGACCGAGCUCAUCCUCCCGCCGUCGCUCAUCAAGCACCCGCUCAAGCCCCUCGCCUUUUCGUCGCCGACGCACAACCACCGCCGCUGGUUCCGACCUGUCACGCUCGAGCAGCUCGUCGACCUCAAGCGCGCGCUCCCCAACGCCAAGCUCGUCGGCGGCGCGAGCGAGGUCAGCAUCGAGGUCGGCAUCAAGGGCGCCGCGUACCCGGACUGCAUCUACGUCGCCGACGUGCCCGAGCUCGCGACCGUGUCACUGCCCGACUUUGCGUCGCCGCACCCGGUCCUCGAGUUUGGCGCCAACCUCACCCUGUCGGACCUCGAGGCGGUCCUCAACGAGCUCGUGCGCGACCAGCCCCACGAACGCACGGGCGCCCUGCGCGCCAUCCGCGACCAGCUGCGCUACUUUGCCGGGCGCCAGAUCCGCAACGCGGCGAGCGUCGGCGGCAACGUCGCGACCGCGUCGCCCAUCAGCGACGCCAACCCGGUCUGGGUCGCCCUCGGCGCGUCGGUCGUCGUGCGCGCGCCGAGCGUCAACGCCGGUCAAGAGACGACCAUCUCGCUCGCCGACGGGUUCUUCACGGGCUACCGCCAGACUGGCAUCCCGUCCGACGGCGUCAUCGUGCGCCUCGUCGUCCCGCUCGUCCAGGCCGACGAGGCGGCGGGCGAGAAAGACGUCGUGCGCGCGUUCAAGCAGGCCAAGCGCCGAGACGACGACAUCGCGAUCGUCACGUCGUGCUUCGCCGUCACGGUCGCCCCGCAGGGCGACGACCAGUGGGUCGUCAAGCGGGCCAAGCUUGUGUUCGGCGGCAUGGCAGCGCACACGAUCUCGGCCAAGAAGACCGAGGAGCUCCUCGUCGGCAAGCCCGUCGACUCGACGACGCUCGAGGCCGCGCUCGACGCCCUCGGCGCCGACUUUGACCUGCCGUACUCGGUCCCGGGCGGCAUGCCGACCUACCGCCGCACGCUGUGCAUGUCGUUCCUGUUCAAGUUCUGGGUCGAGGUCGCCCAGUUGUGCGGCGUCGUGCUCGACGGCGUUCGCAAGUCGGACGAGGACGAGGUGACGUCGCUCAUCCACCGCGCGCCGUCGACGGCGACGAGGGACAACUCGGACCCGUACGCGCAGAGCGUCGUCGGGCACCAGAUCCCGCACGCGUCGGGCCUCAAGCACACGACGGGCGAGGCCAUCUACACGGACGACAUGCCCGCGUGGGCCAACGAGGGCCACCUCGCGCUCGUCCUGUCGUCGCGCGCCCACGCCAAGCUCGUGUCGGUCGACCCGUCGGCGGCGCUCGACGCGCCGGGCGUCCUCUCGUACGUCGACUGGCGCGACCUCCCGAGCGAGAAGGCCAACGUGUGGGGCCCGGCCGCCCAGGACGAGUUCUUCUUCGCCAAGGGCGAGGUGACGAGCCACGGUGUCAUCAUCGGCGCCAUCGUCGCGACGACCAAACUCCAGGCGCAGCGCGCUGCACGCCUCGUCAAGAUCGAGUACGAGGACCUGCCCUUCGUCUUGACGAUCGACGAGGCCAUCGCCGCCGACUCGUACCACCCGACCUACCACCGCCGCAUGGCUCGCGGCACGCCCAUCUCGACCGCGCUCGCCGAGUCCGAGUACACGCUCAGCGGCACGACCUACUCGCCGUCGCAGGAGCACUUCUACCUCGAGACGCAGGCGUGCAUCGCCGUGCCCAAGCUCGAGAGCGGCGAGAUGGAGGUCAUCUCGUCGACGCAGGCGCUCACAGAGACCCAGCACUACGUCGCACAGGUCCUGGGUGUCCCGCGCAACCGUGUGAACACCAAGGUCAAGCGGCUCGGAGGAGGAUUUGGCGGCAAGGAGUCGAGGACCACCAUGCUCUCGGCCAUCUGUGCCGUCGCCGCCAAGAAGCUCCGUCGCCCGGUGCGCUGCAUGCUCGAGCGCCACGAGGACAUCAAGAUCUCGGGCCAACGUCACCCGUUCCGCACCGACUGGAAGGUGGGCUUCACGGCCGACGGGAAGUUGACGGCGCUCGACGCCGACUUUUUCGCCAACGCGGGCUAUUCUCUCGACAUCUCGGGCGGCGUCGCCGACCGCGCCAUCGCCCACGCGACCAACUCGUACUACAUCCCAAACGUCGACGUGCGCGCCAAGCUCUGCAAGACCAACACGGUCUCCAACACGGCGUAUCGUGGCUUCGGCGGUCCGCAGGGCAUGCUCGUCGCCGAGACGUACCUUGAGGCCAUCGCGACGCACCUCGACCUCGACAUUGACGACGUGCGCGCCGUCAACCUGUUCAAGGAGGGCCAGGAGACGCACUACUUCCAGAAGGUCCUCGACUUCCACGUGCCCCGUCUCGUCGCCGACUGCAAGCGCGACAGUAACUACGAGGCCCGCAAGGAGGCCGUCGCCGCGUUCAACAAGGAGCACCGGUACCGCAAGCGCGGCAUCGCCCUCAUCCCCACGACGUUCGGCUUGGCGUUUGGCGUCAAAGCCAUGAACCAGGGCUCGGCCCUUGUGCACAUCUACAUGGACGGCUCGGUCCUCGUGGCGCACGGCGGCACGGAAAUGGGUCAAGGACUGAAUCUCAAGGCGAGUCGACGUGCCUGCUCGUGCCCUCGACGUUCACUAACGUCGCCCACCGUCUCGCAGUGCCUGCAAAUUGCCGCCGAGGAGCUCAAGGUGCCGUUGGAGGCCGUCUUUACCAGCGAGACCUCGUCCAACACGGUCCCGAAUAUGCCGCCGACCGCCGCGAGUGCAGGGAGCGACCUAAACGGCUACGCCGUCCUCAACGCCUGUAUCGAGCUCAACUCGCGCAUCGCCCACCUUCGCGAGAAGCUCGGCUCCGACGCGCCCAUGACCGCCCUCGCCGGCGCAGCGUAUGGCGAGCGCAUCAGCCUCAGCGCGACGGGCCACCACGCGACGCCCAACCUCGGCUACGUCUGGAACGUGCAGGAGAGGACGGGCGACCUGUUCAACUACUUUACGCAGGGCGCCGCCGCCGCCGAGGUCGAGCUCGACACGCUCACGGGCGACCACACGGUCCUGCGCGUCGACAUCAAGAUGGACGUCGGCCGCUCGAUCAACCCGGCGAUCGACUACGGCCAGGUCGAGGGCGCGUUCGUCCAGGGCCAAGGUUGGGCGACGAUGGAGGAGUCGCUCCACCUUCGCAACGGCGCUCUCUUCACGACCGGGCCGGGCGCGUACAAGAUCCCGGGCUUCGCCGACAUCCCGCAGCAGUUCAACGUCUCGCUCCUUCGCGACGCCGAGUGGCCCAACUUGAGCACCGUGCACACGAGCAAGGGCGUCGGUGAGCCGCCCUUCUUCCUCGGCGUCUCGGUCGCGCUCGCGCUCCGGCACGCCCUGCGCUCGGCGCGCGAGGAUGUCGGCAUCCCGCCCAAGGACCUCCUCGAGUUCCGGUUCCCGCUCACGGCCGAGCGGCUGCGCCUCGCCGUCGGCGACAAGCUCGUCCAGCGGAGCGAGGUCAAGCCCAAGGACGAGAAGGACAAGGGCUUCUUUGUCACGCUGUCGUAGAUCUCUCUCUCUUUCUGUGACGCUUGUUGUUCUCUCGG